GAUGGACAGACCUAAGCUAAAUCAGGAUCUCUUUCACGCAGCUGAAGCCGGAAAUUUAAUAAAGGUCAGAAAUUGUCUUGCCGAAGGUGCAGAUAUAAACAGCAGAUACGGCUGGUAUAAUGGUACUCCCUUACACGCAGCUACUAGAGGUGGAUUCAUCAACAUAGUUGAAUUGUUAUUAGGAAGAGCAGAUAUAGAUCCAAAUAAAGAGGAUAAGUGUGAUGGCGGACCUCCCCUGUUCGCAGCUGCUAGUAGUGGAUACAUCGGUAUAGUUAAAUUGUUAUUGGCAAGAGCAGAUAUAGAUCCAAAUAAGGAAAAUAAGUAUAAUGCUACUCCCUUACACGCCGCUGUUAAGGGUGGAUUCAUCAAAAUAGUUAAACUAUUAUUAAAAAGAGCAGAUAUAGAUCCAAAUAAACAAAGUAAGUAUAAUGGUACUCCCUUACACGCAGCUGCUAGAGGUGGAUUUAUCAACAUAGUUGAAUUGUUAUUAGAAAAAGCAGAUAUAGAUCCAAAUAAAGAAAAAAAGUAUGAUGGUGAUACUACCCUUCACUUAGCUGUUAAAUGUGAAAAUCUGAAUAUGGUGCAACUGUUAUUAAAAAAAGAAGAUAUAGAUCCAAAUAAAGAAAAUCAGGAUGGGAAAACUCCUUUUGACAUAGCUGUAGAUAAAGAAAAUUUAAAAAUAGUCAAAUUGUUAUUUGAAAGAUCAAUUAUAGAUCCAACAAAAGUAUAUAAGUCAGGUAACACUAUCUUACACUAUGCUGCUGCAAAUGGACUUUCCAGCAUAGUUCAACUGUUACUAGAAAACGAGAAUACAGAUCCGAACAAAGGAAAUAAGGAUGGGGACACUCCAUUUGACUUAGCUGCAGAUCAAGAAAAUUUCAAAAUAGUCAAAUUGUUAUUUGAAAGAUCCAUCAUAGAUCCAACAAGAGUAUAUAAGAAUGGUGACACUAUUUUACACAAGGCUGUUAGAAGAGGAGUACUCGAAAUUGUCGAAAUGGUACUUAAAAAAUCAAAUAUAGAUCCCAAUUCCACGAAUCAGUAUGAUGAUACUCUCUUACACACAGCUGUAACAUUUGGACAUCUAAAAAUAGUUAAACUGUUACUAGAAAUAGCAGAUGUUAUAGAUCCAAAUAAAGAAAAUAAGUAUUUUGCUACUCCAUUACACUUAGCUGCUAUCAACGGACACCCCGACAUAGUUAGGUUGUUAUUAGAAAGAGAAGAUAUAGAUCCAAAUAUAGAAAAUAAGUUUGGUGAUACUCCGUUACACGCAGCUGCUAGUGGUGGAUUCGUCGAUAUUGUUAAAUUGUUUUUAGAAAGAGAAGAUACAAACCCAAAUAAAGAAAAUAAGCUUGGUGAUACUCCGUUACACGCAGCUGCUAGUGGUGGAUUCGUCGAUAUUGUUAAAUUGUUUUUAGAAAGAGAAGAUACAAACCCAAAUAAAGAAAACAAGAUCAACGGCGACACUCCAUUACACACAGCUGUUAGACAUCGAAACCUUAGCAUGGUUAUAUUGUUAUUAGAGAGAAGAGAUAUAGAUGCAGAUAAAGUAAAUAAGGAAAAUAAGAAAACAUUUGAUGUUUUUGAGGCACGGGAUUGGAAUUUAACAGAAGAUAACAAAACUGAAAGAACAAUAACAGACUUAAUUAAGAAAAACAUAAUGUAUCAAUGA